AUGGAUCAUAGAUUCGACUACUCACAAAGUGAUGAGAAAAAGCCUUCUACCCGUGAAGAUUUAACCGGAGAUGAUUUCCAGGAAAAUCAAAUUAUAAAUGAGGACAAAGAGAGCGAAAAGCACAUAAAUUUCUACCUCGUUACUAAUAACUCACAUCUAAUUAAGACAAACUUCAAACUCAAUCUUAAGAACGUGGGCUCUUAAAAAAAGCCGAUUAAGAUGGACAGACUUGACGAUAACAUCUUUUACGCCAGAGUCAAGUUCACCUUAGGAGACCUGACCAAUAUGAACGAACUCAAAUACUCAUACAGCAAGUUUGAGGCCGCAGAAAAUUUGGCAGAGAAUGAAGAAUCUGAGUAAGAACGAUCAAAGUCAAAAAAAUUUAUGAAUUUAAGCACCUUGUUCGAUAUUUACUAUUGCAAGAAAAAUUAUAUGCUCUAGAUUGACCCAAAUAAGGAGUACUAUGAGAUCAUCCUAAAGUUCUUCAUCACAAAUUUUGACAAGACGGACAGACAUUUUGGAAGACCAACUAUUUUUAAAGAAUAUUUGGAGUUCUUUAACUAUUAGAGCAACAAUUCUUUCCCUUACAGUCAGACAUUUAAAAUUAUUACUGAUGAGUACAACUCUAGGUCUGAGAAUACUAGACUAAACAUAUACAUUCUAGAACUAUUCUCUUACCUUGACAUGAAAAAGAUUAAAUAGAGAACCGACCACUUUAAAAAAAUGAUGUAAAAAAUGCUUGAGCUACAAUAUGGACGCCUGAGAUAAAUGAUACUAGAUACAUAAUAUUAAUCGAAUCAUCAAGGUGUAUUGCAGGGCUUCCAAAUUCUAAUUUAAUUUGAGCCUCUUCUCGGUAUGGAAAUGCUAGACAGUAUGCAUGUCAUUAUGGACAAACAAAAAUACCUUAAAAGCCUCAAUUUUGUGAAAGAAGAUGUAAAGUUUGCGAAAUACAAGAGCAAUAUCAAAUUUGCUAAAACCAUGAGUUUCUACGAAGAAAAUGUCAUUCAACUAUUGAUUGCCAAUGCAUUAAAGUAGAGUAUAUCAUUAGAAGCACUUCUAUACAAUGUCGAGGAAAUGGAAAGAUAUACUACAGGGGACACAAUUUUAAAUUCAGCAAAAGAACUUAAAGAUAGGUUGAGCAUAAGCAAUACUGCAAAUAUAUUUGUCAAAAAUCAUAUCGAAAGGAUACUAGAAGUUGACUAGCUUAAAAUCGUUUUCAAAAAAGAGAUCAAAGAAACUAUAUUUUAAAACCUUAAAUAUCAUAAUCAAAACACCACAAACAUUUAAUACCUGAUUGAUAACCCUGAUAUUCUAGGAGUCAAAUACUUGCAAGACAUAGUCUAAAUUGAAGAAAACUAGUAUCUUCAGGAAAACUUUAAAGUUCUAAUUAUUAAGACUAUUGAAACUUCAGGCAAGAAGAAAAAGUUAGACUUUGAAAAAAUUCAAACAAUAUUAACUAUUAAUUUCUAAAACAAUUGUAAAGCCUGCAAGAAUCUAUCUGAAUACUUCUAGGUAUUCAGUCUGUUUAUAGACCUAGUAAAGGCUCCAUUAUUCAAUUAGAUAGGUCAGUUUAAUAUCAACUUCCAGCUUGCUGAAUUUAAAAAACAUCUUCAAAACGUUUUAUCAACCUCAUUCACAAUCGAAUAGCAGCUUGACUCAUUGUUGAAAGCCAGACCUCUAUUUAGAAAUGAACUUUUUAAAAUUGAAUAAAUCACAGAAGUCAUAUUAGAGGAAUUGAAAAUGAUUUCACCGCAAGACAGCAUAAUUAUCAAAACUGUAUUCAAGGUGAUUUUCCCAGAUUUCAAGCUUGUUUAUCCAGAGUUCAGGGCCAUUGGAAAUGCAUCCUUAAAAAUGCUGAAUGAACUGUAUGAAAUAGAAAAGAGAAAUAUAUACGAAGACGAGGUCAUUUAUUAUGCAAUGAACAUAUCAUAAACUUAUGGAUCGAAUGACUUUUUGGACAAAUUAAAACGUUCAGUUGAAGAAUUAAUUAAAAAAAUGAAGGAUAGAACAAUAACACUAAGUGAAAUUAAUAAGACUAUUGUAGCAAAAAAGAAAAAUUUAUAAAAUAUUAUUCAACUAUAUGAACCAGGAUUUGACUUUAAUAUCAUUAAGGAGCUUAGAAAAACCAUUGAAAAUUAUCAAGAUCAAAUAAAAAAGUAUUAAAACUACCUAAACUGGGCUUAAAAAUCUUCUAUUUUAUUUGAAAAGUAGUCAUAUUAGCAAAAUCUUAUAGACAUUUAAAGUAGCGAGAUACUUGAGGCUAGAAAAGUUGAUUCGGAAGAGUUCUGGAGAUACUUUUAAGAAUUCAAAAAUGUUGACCAAUACUUUACCUUUCGGGAAUCAGUUGUAUUUGAAAACCUGUUUCAUCAGAUGCCUGAGGAAAUUGGAAAACUUGUUGUCUAGUUGGAAGAGAAAAAAAAUUCCGAGACUGGAAAACAUCAUAAGUCUAUGGAAUAAUUUGAUUUCCUAUCAUAAGAAAUACUAUUCAAAAACCUUUGCACAAAGCAUUUUAGAAACCUAGCAUCAUAUCCUAGUGAAGCCUUUAAGCAAAUAAAUCUAUAAAAAUAUUGGAAAAACGUCAAAAUUGAAUAGGUUGAAAAGGAACUUGAAAUAAUCAAAUCAUAUAUGAUUAAGUAUGAAAGUUACCCAGUUGAUUAUGUUUUCAAUCAAAAUCUAGUUGAUGAUAUUAAAACCUAUUAAAAUCAAAAAAGCAUCUAAACAAAGUCAAUUAUAUUUAUCGAGCUUUAGACCUACGCUGCAAAAAUUCCAAAUUUUAACUAUGAGGAAAAUGAGACUUAUUAGAAACUUUAGAAUUUCCUUUUAAUUGUUGAAUAAAAUUCCCCAGAUGAAAACCUAAGUAAUUUAGCAAAGAAGAUAAGCGAAAUUGAAGAGAUUUUUAGCAAACUAAUCAAAAACUUCUAAAUUAAUUGGGAUCAUUUAGAGGAAUAUAAAAGUCAUAAAGAUGUAUUCGAUUUCUGCGUUCAAAAUGUUGGGUUAGACUUUAACACUCUUUAUGAGCACCUUGAUGAAUACUCAUUUUUAAAUAGCAAAACUAUAGAGAAUAUUGGAGCGGUUUCCUACUUUUUCUAAUAAGUUUUAGAAAUUCUAUUAAUUUACGAAAAAAAUAACUAUGAAAGCUUGCUUUAGAAACUUUCAGAGUUAAUGAAAAAAGAAAUAAAAUAAGAUCCUGAUUUCAAAUAAAAACUAAUGAACUGUAAUUCAAAUCUUUCAGCUAUCAAAUAGAUAUCUUCUUCAUAAAAAAAUGCAUCAGAAAAUACCCUCUAAAUCAUUGAGCAAGCUCUCUAGUAAGGAACAUUUAUUUGGGAGAAAAAAAAUACGAAGUUUGACUUUAAACUUGAAAUAAUUAUUGAGAGAGAGAAAAAUAGCUUUGAUGAAUUUUCAACUCUUGCUAAUAGCCAGAAUAUAUCAGAAUAAAAUACUUUGAUUACAAAAUUAGAAUAUGACAAAGAAAAGAUUUUCCAACAUUCUAGCAGAGCAAAGUUAUACAUUCACUCAAAGAAAUCGAACCCAUCCAAUCAAUAAAAGGUACAAGAAAAUGAUAACAUAUUCACUAAAGCAGUAGAUUUAAGCAAAGAUAUUAAUAAUAUGCUUCAGUAACUCUACUAAUAUGGACACAAAGACUAUCAAAAUGAUAGCAAAGAAUAUAUCAGAAUUAAAAUCUAUAAAGAUUAAAUUGUCCAAGACCUGCAAAAACAUUACAAUGAUUAUGUAAAAGAAUUUAUUUAGUGGAAAUAAUAAUUGAGUCAAUACAGAAAUAAUUACUAUUUCUUGAACUAUGUCCCUAAUCAUUUGGUGGCAUCAUUGAUAUUGAUUUCCGACGAAGAAUUUGCUGAAGUCCAAUAAAAACUUAUCCGAUAUAAGAUAUUUAAGAAAUCUAUUACUUUUGAAAAUGGGACCUCACCAUUGCAAUAAAUGCAGUUAAGUUGGAAUGAAGAAAACAAUAUUUAUAGUGAUAUAGAUGAGAAUAUAUUCGAAUAUUAGGAGGAUUAAAACUACUCUUUAUAAUCUGGGAAAGCACUUUAUAGACUAGUCUCUGAUGAUUUACAACUGAUUAAAGCUGUAAUGUCAAUUUUCGCUAUUGGAAAAAUGUUGCCUGUAUUUGAUAGGCUUUUAUUUUGUAAUGAAGACACUUAAUACAGUGAAGUAGAGACCUUUAUUAAUAGAUCAUUUUUGUUUCCUAAUUGUAAGAAAUCUCUAAAGCCUUUCGUUAUAGUAAAUUUCUAGAAAUUGGCAUUCAUUAUUUAAUACGAAGUAUAUGAUUUUUUAAAAAAAUAUUAAGGAUAAUCUAACUAAUAAGAAAUUAAUAACUUUACACUCUACAUACUAUGUGUAUGA